GAUGUUUACCUGUUAAUUAAUCUAAUAAGUCCUACCUGCCAGACAUAAAACCUUAUACCUUGUUUGUUUAACAGUUAUAUUUUAAUUGGAUAAUGUGAUAAUUUAAUAUUUAUUGAUUGCCAACACUCACUCUGGCAGCUGACAAAUUUAUAGAAGACAGCAGAGCAACAUACAUGAAAUUUUACUGAACAAAGGAAGAACAGAAAAGAAUACAAGAUGGCACAGGUUAAUGGUCUAGACCAUAAAGAACCAAUCAUGGCCGAGACAGAUAAAUCAGAAGAAUACACAAAAUUGGUUGAAUAUGGAAUAAACGCAAGAGUGGCAGAGGAACUGUGCACUGUAUAUAAAACAGAAAAAUUAACACAUGCUGAACUAGAUGAAAGGGCACUGGAUGCUCUGAAAGAAUUCAAUGCUGAUGAUGCUAUUGCAGUAUUGAAACAGUUCUUGGAAAGUCCUUUAGAACAUGUAACAAACAAAAGUGCUUAUUUGUGUGGCAUGAUGAAAACAUACAGACAAAACAAAAAACAGGGAUCAACGGCCACAGUUGCUCGAGGCCCUGAUGAGGCAAAAUUGAAGGAAAUUCUUGACAGAACAGGAUACUCUUUAGAUGUAACAACAGGUCAGAGAAAAUAUGGAGGACCUCCUCCAGGUCAGGAUGAAUCUAAUCAACCAGGUGCUGGACACGAAGUUUUCUGUGGAAAAAUUCCAAAAGAUGUGUUUGAAGAUGAACUUAUUCCAUUAUUUGAAAAGUGUGGUCCAAUCUGGGACUUGCGAUUAAUGAUGGAUCCAAUGACAGGUUUCAAUAGAGGGUACAGUUUUAUCACAUAUUGUGAUAGAGAUGGCGCCAAUGAAGCAGUUAAACAGCUUGACAACUAUGAAAUCAAAUCUGGAAAGCGUUUAAAAGUCAACAUCUCAGUAGCUAACCAAAGAUUGUUUGUUGGUAACAUCCCUAAGAGCAAAUCUAAAGAGGAAAUCUUGGAAGAAUUUUCAAAAAAGACAGAGGGCUUAAUAGAUGUCAUAAUAUACAGAUCUGCUGACAAAGAAAAUCAGAAAAAUAGAGGAUUUGCUUUUCUCGAAUAUGACUCUCACAAAUCUGCUUCAACAGCAAAACGAAAGUUAUCCUCAGGACGAUCAAAAGUGUGGAAUUGUGAUGUUAUUGUUGAUUGGGCAGAUCCAGUUGAAGAGCCAGACAACAGUACAAUGUCAAAGGUUAAAGUGUUGUAUAUAAGAAACUUAUCAGCUGAUGUGUCAGAAGAAGUUUUAAAAGAAAAAUUCACUGAGUAUGGAAACAUUGAACGUGUGAAAAAAAUUAAAGACUAUGGAUUUGUGCAUUAUGAAGAAAGAGAUGAUGCAGUUAAGGCAUUAGAUGCUAUGAAUGGACAGAAAUUAGGAAAAUUAGAAAUUGAAGUAUCACUGGCUAAGCCACCAACAGAAAACAAAAAGAAAGAACAAAGAAAAAGAGAGCAGGAAAGAAGACAAAUGAUGGGAGGUUAUGAAGACUUCUAUCAGCCACCAAUGCCCCCAAGUAGGAUGAUGCCACCUGGUGGUAGAGGAAUGAGGAGGCCAAUGCCUCCACCACCAAGAUUUGAUUACUAUGAUGAUUUCUUUGGCUAUGAAGACUACAAUGAUUAUUAUGGUGGAGGCUAUGCACCACAAAUGCCAAGAGGAAGAGGAGGCAGAGGUGGACCACCACCAAUGCGAGGUCGAGGAGGGGCCAUACCCCCUGGUGGUCCUAGAGGGGCCGGAGCUGCGGUGAGAGGAUCAAGAGGCGCUGUUAGAGGACGAGGUGCUCCAGCAUCGGGAAGAGGGGGUCGUGGUGGAAUCACACCACAAAAAAUGGGACAACAAAUGGCCAGAGGAGGCAAAAGGAAAGCACAAGGGGAUUUCAGCAUGGGCCAUACAAAGCGACGGAAUGUACAAGACAAUUGGGGAGCUCAGCCAAUCGCUCAACAACCUCUGGACUCAACGGGCUAUGAUGCCAGCUACAAUGAUUCACAGUGGUAUCAGGACUCAUAUGGACAAAAUUGGGGAUGAGCAUUCAACUCAGGAGUUCCAUGAAUGUAUAGAUCGUUGAUGUAAAUUUGUGUCCGUUGAUGGAAUUUAUCGCAAAUUUUUAGAGUUUAUCUGACCAAAAAUCAUGUUGUAAUGUGGUUAGGUAGAAUGUCUGUUAUCUGAGUGUGUACAUUGUUUUUAAUGGACAAUUCAUUCAUGUCUCAGAUGUUAAAAAGCAGCUAUUUUUACCAAAAAUGACAGGGAAAAUUGCAGAUUUUCAAUCUAAUCUCGAAAGUUGCGCAUCAUGAUGAAAUCUUCAAAAAAUCAAAUGUGAAUAUUUUUAUUUGUAAAUUUUGUUGUCUACAUUUUUUGUUUUCAUGUAUAAAAAAAUCGUCCUCCAUUCAUUGCCACUCGAUUGUCACACCAUUAUUUUGGCUUUUAUUGGCAAAGAAGAAGAUGUGAAUAAAAGUCCUUUUAUACAACAGUUA